AUGGCGGAUGUCAUCGGAUCCGCAAACCGCGGAGACCUGGUCAGCAAUGCCCGACCGUCAGCUAUCCGUUUCAAGAGCAGAUGGUCGAGCACGCCGUAUGGUGGCCGAAUUGGACUUGACACGCAGUUGCCUGGACGCCGUCUCCAAGGCCAGGCAGCUGUUCGCAGUUAG